CGGGCGGUGACGGCGGUGAAGCUCGACGGGAGCUUCGGACACCAAAAGCUUGUUUUCGAAACUUGCUUCCCGGAACUCUUAGUCUGGUUCAGAAACCCGUUUUUCCAGAACCAGAGAUGGGGGGAGCUUCUUCAGGGCUUUUCAGGUCUAUGGGCUUCUGGGACUCUCUCCUCCUCUUCAUCUUCUUCACCUUUUGCUUCAGAGCACUAAUGGCUGAUGCUGGAACAAAACCCAAAUCCCUUCCCCCAAACAAUGCUGAUCCAUCUCCACCUCCUCCACUUCCACGUCCUGACCAGAAACCCAAUUUCGCCCCUUUCAAGCCAAGCAUCGCUGUGAUUGUUGGAGUCUUAACGACCCUUUUCUCUAUUACAUUUCUUCUUCUUCUGUACGCGAAGCACUGCAAGAGAAACAAUGGAGCUGGAGGGUACCCAGGUAAUCACGACCCAAGAGGGAUGGCUUCGGCGAGGAAGAACUCAGGGAUCGAUCGUUCGGUCAUUGAAUCGCUACCGAUUUUCCGAUUCAGUUCACUUAGGGGCCAAAAGGAAGGGCUUGAAUGCGCUGUUUGCUUGAACAGAUUUGAACCCAUGGAUGUUCUGAGAUUGUUACCUAAAUGUAAGCACGCGUUUCACUUGGAAUGUGUUGAUACCUGGCUAGAUGCUCAUUCAACUUGCCCUCUCUGUCGCUACCGAGUCGAUCCGGAAGAUGUGCUUCUGGUGGACGAGUCGAGACUUGGAGACGAGAACGAUGAGCAGAGACGACAGCAGGAAUCAAUAGAGGAGAGAGAAGCAAAUGAAGUCAGUGUCAGACCAAGCUUGGCCGGGUUAGAACCUCGAAGGGUUUCCGGUCGUCACUCGUCUGCCGGAGAAAAAACGAGUCGGUUCUUGGAAAUCGUCGUGCACCGAUCCGAUGGCGGCGACUCGGUUGUGGCACCACCGCAUGCGGCGACUGUAUCGAGAAGGUCUCUGGAUAUCGCAAGCUUGAGGAGGAAAAAAGAAUCUGUGACCAUUGGAUGCUUUGACCGUGGGAGCCGCAAAGACGGGCUCUUGCUAUCGGACGACGAGUUGGAACGUCGGUUGGAGCACCGGAUCAUUGUAUCCGACAGUGGGCUCCAGCAGCGGUGGAGUGAUUUACAGCCGGCGGAUCUGCUGUUUCUACGGUCGGAAAUGAUUAUCACUGAGAGUGGACGGCACUCGUCGUCGAUGAGCGCUCGGCCGUCGAUUUCGACGAAGUAUCAACAGCAGCAGAGGAAAGAUGAGAAGGACAUUGAUGGUAGUGGCAGGAGCGUAAUAAAUGCUAGAAGCGUGUCGGAAAUCACGGGCUUGAGUAGGUUUCCGAACAGGACGAGUAGUGGUCAUGAAAGGGAGAGAGAAGCCAGGGUUAUAAAGAGAUGGUGGGCUUGGGCUUCCCAACAGAGACGGACGGGUCAGCCCAACAGGUAGCAACGCUUAGGUCUAGGGGCUAGGGAGUAAUUUGAUUUUUGAGUUUUUGUUUCGUGUAGGGAAAUAGAAUUUUAGACAGCUAGUGAAAAGACAAAACUACCCUUGGUUUAUUUUUUUUUUUUAACAUUUUGUGACUAGUGAAUUCAGUUACAGGUAGGAAAAUCUUAGUUAAAAGACAAAAUUGUCCCUGGGAUUUGUUUGUUUUUACAUACGGCCAGCAAAGUGCUCUUUGGCAGUAGUGGUACCUCUACGAGUACCAUGGGGAAUAUGGAUUACGGAAUCGUUUUUUGUAA